UUUUGCCGCUCUACAAAAUCAUUUCUUCUAUUAUCUCUGUUUGCGUAUAUUCGUGCACCUCGUGAGUGUUAAUUAGGACAAAAUAGUAAACACUGAAUCGUUCCAGUUGCUGUGACCCUAUUCAAGCAUGGCACCAGCCGAGACAAGCCGAGCUUGUUGCGUGUGCAAAAAGUUGUUUUGUUGUGUCCAGUGCCGAGAACGACACGAGAAGACCAAACAUACGGACCAGCAACUAAAAUGUCCAUUUUGUACAUUUCAAAAAUUGCCGUUACAGUCAUUCGAGGAUAAAUGUCUACUUGAUCACAUAGUGAUUACUCAUUUACCUCUCUACUGCAAACUGUGCGGAGAAAUAUUCAAACAAAGCAAGGAUUUAGAGUUGUUUGGCACUUGCAUAUGGUGGAAGUCUCAACAUCGUCAUUCAUUAGUUUCUGACUACAAAUCUAUACUAGGAACACCACCAUUAACAUCGGACGGAAACGAGCUGUCCUUAAACAGCGGAUACAAUGGCAACUUCGGUUCAUUGACUUCACCACCAGAACUCUACAGGAAAACAAGUACACCGAUGGUUAACGGACAAAAGAACAGCAUAGAAUUUAAAACACCGAUAGUCCCGAACUUCUCAUUGAAGACGCCGAAGACUAAUUCCGCGUCUUUGAAAAGUCAAGCUCAAAGUGGCUUCCAGGACAGUACCGCAAGCAACUACGUCAGCUUCCCACCUUCUAUUUCUCAUAAGGAAACGCCAUUCCGUUCCAUGUCCUUGAAUCGUGAAAUCAAGAACGAUCUUCCGAGAAGCAAUUCUAGAAAGUUAGACACCAUGGAAGAAGGGGAAAAGCACAGUUCAAACAUAUGUCUCAACGAUAACCACGGAAUGGAGGACAUGGAACUGACCGGCAUCGAGGGUGAAGUACUGCCCGAUUCUCAAAGUUUAGAUGUCCAGGAGAAACGUUUGGACUCUUUAAAGAAAGUACGAUUCUCGGAUGAAUAUGAAGCUCAUACGGAACCUAGCACGACUAGUGCCUGCAACAUGACCGAGAAUGAAGAAUACUUUGAGGCGUGCGACACUAUGUCAGGGAUACAGAAAGUUCUAGACAACUCUCAAAUACAAAUUUAUGAAGAGAACAAGAAGAAUAUGCAGAAAGAAAAUUAUAAUCCAGACAAAGUUAACGCGAACGUUAAUCGACCCUCUAGCUCGUCAAGGGUAGUGAUGAUGGUGGUAGUGGAGAAUAAUACCAAUGUUUCCACUUCGGACCUUAUAGAUUCUGGCUUGAAGAAAUUAGAAAGUAUUACUUCAAAAAGCAAUCCAUCAAACAAUAACCGUAGCUCUUCUGUGUGCGACUGUUCAGUAAAAACUGUGAAUAGCUAUUGUAGUGUUUCGAGUCACGCGUGCUAUUCCGCGUCGAAUCAAAUGAUUAGUUCUGACAGAAGGGAUUCCAGUUCAUCCAAUAGCAGUGGCAGUAGUACUAGUUCUGGAGGACUCCUUGCUGCAGUUGCCAACGCUAUGAAAUCUGUGAUGAGAAGCUUUUCUGGUGUAGAUACGUCUGGAAGUACUGAAACUCAAGAAGUUUCUCAGAGAGAAGAUGUUUCGUCAAGACCGUUCACGACGGAUGCAUUCAGUCCAAUGUCUAAAUUUGUGUCCUCGCUUUUACCAAGACCCGGGAAGCGUACUAGAGACAGCAUAGAAAGUCCACCCUCGUCGUCGAGGCAGACGGACUUGAUAUUUUCACAACUGGAGUCCAGAAGUCCUCUUGCGAAGCGACAUCGCGGCUGGUACAGGAUUAAAGGUCGAGAACCGAUUGCGAGGAUGCGGAACAGCCGACUCACCUCUCCCCGAGGUGUGUCAUCGGAGACACAAGUAUUUCAUCAGGGGUCUUUGUCCGUUGGUGAUACAGUUCUACCUCUUCCAUCCAGGGCACACCAAUCUACGCAAACUGAGGAAAACUAAAUCAAAAUUACAAUUGUCCAUUAAUAUCAUUUCCGAGUACAGAACAAAGAAUUUCCAACUUUUAGUUCGAGGACGAGUGCUUUCAACAGUGGAAUGAAAAGUUAAAUUAAACGCAAUAAUUUUAAUUGGAGGAAAUGAAAGAAUUUAAAAUACAAAAUGUCAAACGUCACUGAUAUUUUUAAAGCAGGAUAUUUUUAAGAUAAUAUAUACAUAAAGAAGCAAAUAAUAUUUUAAUUGGUAACAUUAUAAACCUGUAUAUAGCAUUUGAACACUGUAUACAUAUUUAUGAAAAUUUUAAUUUGGUUAUUUAUAGUGAGUAAUUUUCGUUAUAUUAUAU